ACGUUCGGCAACUUGCUGCCUAACGGGUCAUGGACCGGCAUGGUAGGCAUGGUGGUGCGGGAGGAAGUAGAUUUCGCUGCAGGACCCUUCAUGUUGUCACCGGCGCGGGCAGCAGCCACCGAUUACACAUUGGCAGUCUGGACUGGAGAUCUGAGGAUGGUUAGUGGACUGAGAGGGCUGAAGAUAGACCCGUGGGGUUUCCUCUUGCCACUCUCCCCGCUGGUGUGGGUAGUCACCAUGACGGCACUUGUAGGAAUGCUUGCUGUCUUACAAGUGCUUCACUUCUAUCACCCUAGCAGAUCACUACUCCGCUGCGCCAACACCUUCAGCUCUGUCCGCGUCCUCCUGCAGCAAGACAUGGUGUGGCCCGGGCAGUGGUGGUGGUGGGAGCGUCUGGUGCUGGGGCUGUGGAUGCUGACCACGCUAGUGCUGACCAAGAGCUACGCCGGCAACCUCAUGUCACUGCUGGCCGUGAGAUAUGUGCCGCAGCCCUUCCAGACACCAAGGGACGUUCUCGAUGAUCCUCACGUCGCCAUGAUAUGGCAGAAGUAUUCCAGGAAUGAAUAUUUUCUGAGAACUGUCGAGUCCGGCGUCUUUCGGGAGGUGGCAGAGCUGGAGGAGAAGGAUCGCCUCAAGUUUGUCACACAGGCACAGCUCCCAGAGAGCCUUGACACCCUGGUGAGGGCCGGACACCACGUACUCGUCGACAAUGGGAACGCUGUUCGUAACUUGAUAGCUUUAGACUUCUCCCAGAAAGGUUUCAAUCCAAGGGUGAUGUCUCUCACGGAGUCAGGACUCCUCAAGUACUGGGCACAAGACGUACCUAACUUCACUCGGUGCAAUAAUGUGCCCAAGACAGUGGCGUUCUCCACCACUCUCUCGUUUAGUAACCUAUGGGGAGUGUUUGUGUUGCUGGCCGGUGGGCUGACUGCCGGUCUGAUGGUCUGGUGUCUUGAGCUGCUCACCAGGCUCACCAAGAAGUCCUAUUAG